UCGGUGAGGCCGGCGGGGCGGAUCCCACACUAGAGUAAAAGAGAAAAUAAAGCAACACAACAACAAUAAUAACAACUUGGCCGUUUCCUACAUUUCACUAGCAAGCUCCCCUCUGGAUACAUACCAUAAAGAUGCCCUCAGCGAUGAAUGCAAACGGGACCGUGCAGUCUGCCAGCCCAGAUGUGGGAUCCGCUCCAGGGUCAAUGGGUAAUUUUGCUGGACAGCCUGAAGUCAUGAAGCAAGUGCUUUGUGUACUCGACAAGAAGGUCCGCAACAUGGAGAAGAAAAAGAGUAAACUGGACGACUAUCAAGUCAGGAAGGAAAAAGGGGAAAAUCUGAAUCAGGACCAGCUGGAGGCCCUCUCCAAAUUCCAGGAAAUCAUGCAUAACUUAGAAUUCGGCCGAGAUUUGCAGAAGACGUUCAUGACACUGGGACAAGAUAUCCAGAAGGCGGUGAAAAAGACUGUGCGGAGGGAACAGCUUCAGCGGGAGGAGGCCGAGCAGAAGCGGCUGAAGACGAUUCUGGAGCUGCAGUUCCUGCUGGACCGGCUGGGAGAGGACGCGGUGCGGCAGGACCUGAAGCAGGGCGUCAGCGGGUCACUGCUGACGGAUGCAGACCUCGCAUCUUUUGAUGAGUUCUAUAAACUGGUGGGGCCAGACCGUGACCAAAGCAUCAGGUUGGUUGACCAGUACGAAGAAGCAUCGGUGCACCUCUGGGAUCUGCUGGACGGGAGAGACAAGGCUGUGGUUGGAACAACGUACAAGGCUCUGAGAGAGACUUUGGACCAGGUUCUGCUCAGUGGGUACUUUGACCGGGUUCGAUCUCACCAAAACGGCAUAUGUGAAGAGGAGGAGGAAGAGGAGGAGGAAGUGGCAGCCUCAGCAGCAGCUUCAGCGCUGGCAGCAGCAGCAGCCGUAGCUGAAUCGUCAGAAGCAGAAGAGCAGACUGCUGAUCCAGAAACAGAAAUGAUUGAGGAGUUCACAGAGCCCAUUGCUGUGGAGACGACAGAGUUCAUAAACAGACAGUUCAUUCCCGAUGGCACAUACAGCAGCAGUGAGAAGGAGCAGGGGGACGAGUGGGCCACGGAAACAGAGGCAGUCGCUGCACUGCAGCAGCAACAGCCGCCGCUUAUGCAGCCUGCCGUUUCACCUGUUGCUAUGGAGACCCACCCCUUGAAUUUAGCGUCUCCUGUGCCGCCGAACGACCCCUUGAUCAGGAAGCAGGUGGUAAAGGACCUAAUGGCACAGAUGCAGGGAACGUACAACUUCAUGCAGGACUCCAUGCUUGAGUUUGACGGACAGCCCAUUGACCCCGCCAUUGUCUCAGCACAGCCCAUGAAACCCGCUCAGAACAUGGACUUACCACAGAUGGUGUGUCCUCCAGUUCACCCAGAGUCCCGACUAUCGCAACCCAACUCUGUUCCUGUCCAGCCUGAGCCCACACAAGUUCCUAUUGUUUCCCCAACUCCGCCCCCCAUGUAUCAGAGUUCACACACGCCAGAUCCUCGACCCCCAACAGAUACCAUCGACCCCAUCCAGCUGCAGACAGUUGGUGCCUUCCAUUCCCAGGACCAGUCAGCAGGCCAGCAGCCCCCCCAGCAGCAGGGCCCGGGCUUCACCAGGCAGGGCCAGUCCUUCUACAACAGCAGAGGCAUGUCCCGCGGCGGACCUCGCAACGCCAGGGGGAUGAUCAACGGAUACAGAGGCUCCUCGAACGGAUUCAGAGGUGGCUAUGAUGGAUAUCGUCCUCCGUUCGCCAAUACUCAAAACUCUGGUUAUGGACAGACUCAGUUCAACACACCUCGGGAUUACUCAAACGGGAAUUAUCAGAGGGAGGGUUACCAACCGAACUACAAGCGCGGCGCGGGUCAGGGACCCAGAGGAGUGUCGAGAGGCAGCACUCAGGCGAUACGAUCCUGAAAAGGCCUCUCAUAAUGACUGUGACUGACUAACUUGCACCACACUGAAAAUUCCAAAACGCAUUCGCCCCAGCUCACUCAUGUUCUUUCUUUUUUUUUGUUCUUUAUCAGUGGUAUUUUUCCUGUCCCUUAAAUCAAAGUAAACUCUGCUUUGGUAUUUGGAAAUAUUAAAUUGUUUAAAGUCUGAAACACAAGCUGAGCUGUAAAUCCAAUCAUCGAUUUACACAUGCCAUGUGUAACAAUAUUCCUGUAAACUUGAAAGAUUUCAUAAGUUAUUUUUUGUAUAAAAAAAAUGCACCUGCCACUGCUGGUCCAACCCUUGGGAGUUUGUUCCCCUUCUUGGUUCUUUACUGUCAUUUUAGUUUCUAAAAAAAUGUUUUUAUGUUCAAUGAGCGCCCGUUUCCUUGUUUGUAAAUUGAUGUUGCUUCAAGAGCUUCAAUAAAGUUGUGUUGCAUACC